AUGGCGAAGAAAAGCAAGCUUCUUUCUGCUUUGGACGCGCAUAAGGGGCGCAAUUUCGAUCUAGAGCAUCAGAAAAAGCUACAAAAGGCAGCAAACAAGAGGAAAGAAAAGCAAUUGAAAAACACAGAGGGUGAGGAGGAAGAGGAGGAAGAUGCUGAACGAUUGAAUGGUGUUACCCUUACCAACGGAAAGGAAAAAUCAGAUACCAAAAAGAGUGCAAAGAGCCAACGAGACGGGAAGAAACCCAAUAAGAGGGAUGAUGACGAAGAAGUAGAGGAGGAAGAAGAAGCAGAGGAAGAGGACGAGGACGAGGACGAGGAAGAGGAAGAUGACGCAGAAAACGAAGACGAAGACGAGGAGGAGGAGGAUGAUGAAGAAGAUAUCCCACUCUCAGACCUCUCUGGCGACGAAGCGACAGAUGUUAUCCCCCACCAGCGGCUAACCAUUAACAACUCCACUGCCAUUCUAUCCUCGCUGAAGCGAGUAACCCAAAUAAACGACCAGAUGCCAUUCUCCGAACACCAGUCCCUCAUCUCCACAGAAACAAUGGACGUCCCAGACGCAAAUGAUGACCUUAACCGGGAACUCGCAUUUUAUAAAGUCUGUGCCGCAGCAGCGAAAACAGGAAGAGCGCUAUUGAAAAAAGAAGGAAUACCGUUUUCAAGGCCCACAGACUACUUUGCUGAGAUGGUGAAGGACGAUGAGCAUAUGGACAAGAUCAAGAAGAAAUUGUACGAAGAAGCCGCCAGCAAGAAGGCCAGCGCCGACGCGAAAAAGCAGAGAGACCUGAAGAAGUUUGGAAAACAGGUGCAAAUCGCCAAGAUACAAGAGCGACAUAAGGAGAAGAGGGAAACUCUGGAAAAGAUUAAUGACCUGAAAAGAAAACGCAGAGGUGCGGGUAACGGUGAGACAGAGGAGAGCGAACUAUUUGAUGUUGCGCUUGAAGAGUCGAGCAAAUCUGAACCACGCCGCGGAGGUCGAGGUAAGGAUGGAGAGGGAUCUCGCUCCAAGAGACAGAAAAAGGAUGCCAAGUUUGGCUUCGGUGGUAAAAAGCGCUUUGCGAAGAGUGGUGAUGCCAUAUCUAGUGGUGACCUGAGCUCGUUCUCUACUAGCAAAAUGAAGGGGAAGAAAACAGGGGCAGCAAAGAGGUUAGGCAAAGGUAGACGCCAGGCAAGACGAUAG